UAUAUCAGUGCGCGUAGUAGUAUUAGCUUCUCUCUCCAAAUUCAUUGAACUUAAUUGAGUUGAUCGGCUACAGGACUGGUGUUUAACAGGUCCAUCACAGAAAGAUUAUCUCACAGUAUAUUAUUAUCUACUGUAAUAGUAAAUAAGACGACUGCAGUGAAGAUUAGCGAAUUUAUGAAGUGCUGAAUUCAGUUAAUAGUGGAGUAGAUGCUGCUGAGCUGAGCGGGUGUGAAAAAAGGCGACUCUAAUGGGCAAUUAAAAGGUUUAAUGACAUUUCAGAAAAUGUUGAAAUGACGAUGUUGAUUCCCAUUCAGAUAAAUGGAAUAAAAAUUGAUACGUGUAUAAAUAUAAGCUCAAUAUCUCGUACUUUUUCGCGCUCGUUGCAGGAAUAAUAAUAAUUAAGAAUUGGCCUUUGGAUUACACAAAAAGAUACAAAGAGAAAUAAACAAAGAUGCGGCUGUACAAGAGGAAAAACAUUAAGAGUCUGGGGUACCUCCUUGCAGGAUUGCUCGCCGUCAAAAUUGUCAUCGAGCGCUCCGACUACGACAACCAGAGGAGGCGGGCGAGCACUCGUCACGUGACCCCGGACGUCCGACCUGACCUCCUCGAUCAAGGUGAGCAGCUCCUCCUCCAAGCACACGGCAAGGAAUACGAAGACGAAGAGAUCGACGACGAAGGGGAGAAUGGGGGAAUACGCGACAUAGAGGAAUUGGCGGAGAGUUACGAAUACAUGGAAGAUAAAGAAGAGGAAGAUGGAGGCGAUAGUGUGGCCGUGAGUCUCGAGGCCGGAGAGGGGGACGUGCGAGCGCCUUUGGACGAGAAUAUGCAGGAGUUCUUUGAAGAGAGAGAGAAGGUGUACAAGGAGCGCAGAGAACGAGUACAGCAAGUGUGCAAAGACCUUGGGGGCGCCGGGUCCUACGGGUCCAUCGACCAGUGUCCUCUGAAGCGCCUCCGGUGGCUCGUGUCGCACAAUCUGCUCAUGUGCUUUAAUGCAAAGGUUGGGACAUCAACGUGGACGCAGUAUUUAAUGGAGGCAGGUUUCCCGGGGGUUCUGAAAAACUCGACGCACUGGCAUUACACUGCCGAGCGGUACCUUAAACCCACUCAUAAAAGAUACAGCUCAGCAGCAAAGGAUCUAAUGAAGGAAUUUGGGAAAGUCGUGAUAGUCCGAGACCCGUUCGCCCGCAUCGUCUCCGCGUACCUAGACAAGAUCGCUACACGCUCCUUCGCCAAACUAAGUCGGUACAUCAUCAAAAACUACCGAGUGAGCCCGAGGAACAACGCCACCAGACAGCCGACUUUCGAAGAGUUCGUGAAGUUCCUGGUGGAGCACACGUCCUCCUCCGACAGCGUCUGGAAGAAGCUUGAGACCCGCACGGACCGGCACUGGUUCCCUUACUACGCCAACUGCUUCCCCUGCGACAUCGACUAUGACGUCAUUGCCACUAUGGAGACCAUUCAUGAGGAUACACGAUAUAUAAUGCAGAAAUACAGACUUGGUCUUUCGGAUACCAUCUGGGGCAAUCACAGAUCUUCCACGUCUUCUGAGGAAAAAGCUCUUGCUCUCUUCAAGACCAUUCCGCGCAGCCUGACCAUGGCACUCUACCAGCGUAAUCGUAUAGAUUUCCUUAUGUUUGGUUAUUCAGUUGAAAAAUAUUUAUCCCCUCCCUCUGACGCUCUUCCUUAAUCCUUAAUUUUAAAUAGAAACGGAAUCUGUGCAUUCUAUACCUAUAAUUUAUGUUUUAUGUUAUUGACGUCGCAGUAUUUAAGAAUGAUUUGUAAAUAUGGCGUACGGGUGAAUAUGCAACUUCUUAUGUAUAUAGCGAAUGUGGACGAGACUAUUGUGUGAAAUAUAUAGAUUAAGA